GAGAAACUUUACACUAUAAAUACAUCCACACACCACCUUCAUUUCUUCACACAACUAUCUCCCCCCACUCACCCCUCCAAAACAAAACAGAAAAUGGCUACCCAAAGAGCGAUUCUCAAAAACGCUCUAAUCCUUUUUCUCUUCACCUUAACCAUCAUCACAAAAACCGCGUUUUCGCAAAACUGCGGCACAGCCGGAUGUGCGGGCAACCUAUGCUGCAGUAGAUAUGGAUAUUGUGGCACCACAGCCGCCUACUGCGGCACCGGGUGCAGAAGCGGGCCUUGCAGCUCCGGAGCCACACCAGCUCCUAGCGGCGGCACCGGCGGUCUAAACGCCGAUCCUCGUGAUACCAUUGAAAACGUUGUCACACCAGCAUUUUUCGAUGGUCUCAUGAGCAAAGUCGGAAACGGCUGCCCAGCCAAAGGGUUCUACACUCGCCAGGCUUUCAUCUCAGCUGCCCAAUCGUUCCCUGCGUAUCAAGGAGCCGUCGCUAAGCGUGAAAUCGCUGCCAUGUUAGCUCAGUUCUCACACGAAUCUGGAAGUUUUUGUUACAAAGAAGAAAUAGCGAGAGGAAGGUACUGCCAAGCUAGCACAGUCUACCCUUGUCAACCGGGAAAGGACUACUACGGUCGCGGUCCGAUCCAAAUCACAUGGAACUACAACUACGGUGCAGCCGGAAGGUUCCUUGGACUCCCUCUCUUGACUGAUCCAGAUAUGGUGGCUCGUAGCCCUGAAGUGGCCUUUAAGUGUGCCAUGUGGUUCUGGAACCAGAAUGUUCGUCCGGUCUUGGACCAAGGCUUUGGAGCCACCACGAGGAAGAUCAACGGUGGCGAAUGCAACGGUCGGCGUCCUGCAGCGGUGCAAAGCAGAGUUGACCGCUACUUGGAGUUCUGUAGGGUGUUUGGGAUCACUCCUGGAACAAGUCUUAGUUGCUAAAGAGGUUAAAUGUGGUUAAUAUGGCACGCUUCAUGGUAUGAUGUUGGUCUUGCGUGUGUGAGUUAAUAAGUAAAGGUGUCUAAUAAAAGAUUAUGACGUGUAUCCUAAUUCCUAAAUUCAUAAUGUAUCCAUGUGUUGUUUGUAAGGAUUUCAUAAAAAUGAAGUAUAUCAGCCAAUCUAUAAUAAAUGCAUUUACAAGAUUUA